GUCCCUGAAUGUAGACACCCUCUCCAUAUUUUGUUCUAUAAAUAGGGACAUAAACACAGACGAGGAGACCCAACUUUGAGACUUGAGAGAGAGAGAAUAGAGCCACAUCAAAAACUCAAGACAAAUUAAUAGCUGUGUUUUGUUAGAGCAACAGAGACAAUGUGCGGCACCACGGAGAACCCUACUUCCAAUAGCAAAACCUCCUCUGUGUCCCCGGCCAAUGGUAACGGCGGCACGAUACCGCCAUCCGACCAUGUCCUCAACCUCGAACAGGGCGACCCGGCAGUGUACGAAUCCUAUUGGAGGAAGAUGGGGGACAAAUGUACGAUGGUGAUCUCCGGAAGCGAAUUGAUGAGCUAUAUCAGCGACUUCACCAGCGUGUGCUGGUUUUUGGAGCCAGCAUUGGAGGCGGCGGUCAGAAGACUUCAUCGUACGGUUGGAAACGCCGUCGUAGACGGUGAUCGGCAUAUCGUGGUGGGGACAGGCUCGACUCAGCUGUAUCAGGCUGCCCUGUAUGCUCUCACUUCUCCUGGCGGGCCCGAGCCCGUCAGCGUUGUGUCUGCCGCCCCUUACUACUCGUCAUAUCCGGAUGAAACAGACUAUAUUCGUUCUGCAUUGUAUAAAUGGGCAGGCGAUGCAUAUACCUUUAACAAAACUGGACAUGGACCUUACAUUGAAGUGGUCAACACCCCAAACAACCCCGACGGCACUAUCCGAGAGGCCAUCGUGAAGAACAGGGGUGAUCAAGGGAAGCUCAUUCAUGACCUGGCCUACUAUUGGCCUCAGUACACUCCAAUUACUUGUCCGGCCGAUCAUGACAUCAUGUACUUUACAUUCUCCAAAAGCACCGGACAUGCCGGUUCUCGCAUUGGAUGGGCCAUUGUGAAGGACAAAGAGGUUGCCAGAAAGAUGUCAAAGUUUGUAGAGCUAAGCUCACUUGGUGUGUCCAAGGAUUCCCAGCAACGAGCUGCUAAGAUAAUGGGAGUGAUCUGCGACGACUAUGAAAACUGCAAGUCCACUGACAACUCUGAGCUCUUCUUCGACCAUUGCCGUCGAAUCAUGGCGGACAGAUGGGAGAGGUUAAGAAAAGUGGUCGAGCAAAGUGUAAUUUUCAGCCUACCCAACUACCCCCAAAAGUACUGCAUCUUCUCUGGAGAGUCCACUGAACCAUAUCCAGCAUUUGCAUGGAUGGAGGCCAAUGAGGAUGUAGACACAGAGAAGGUUCUGAGAGGACAGAUUAAGGUGCAAGGAAGAACAGGGAGGCGCUUUGGCGUUGAUCAGAGGUACGUCAGGAUUAGCAUGCUGAGCGGGGAAGACGUGUUUAACAAGUUCUUGGAGAGAUUAUCAACUAUCAAAUCCGUUACUAAUGGUCAUUAAUUAGUUUAAUCUAGUACUCAAUCACAGACCAUCGCAGAGUUAUUAUUUUCUAUUUGUAAUUCGGUUUCUUUGGUAUAAUCUGAAAUGCGGCGAAAACAAGUCUUGUUUGUAUAAGAGCAACGUACCAGAGCCUUGUUUGUAUAAGAGCAAUGUACCACAGCAAAACAGA